ACUGCAAAGCAUUAAGCUUUGGAUCAAAUUAAAGCGGAAUAUCUAUGCAUUAGCAUGCUACAAAUUAAGGGAUUUUGCUUUGAACAAGUCAUUUUGGUAACUUUCUGCAUGAUCCACAGGAUAAAUUGCUCAAGGCUGAAGGAAAUGACAAUUUGCCACUUCCUGGGCAUCAAAUUGUGUCCCUCAUUCGUGGAUUUCAAGCUGAAGAAGCUCUUCAGCUCGGAAACUUGGAGAGAAGACUUGCUGAGAUGGUUUGGCAAGAUGAUAGUUCUGGUUUCAUAGCAUUGCUGAAGCAUUCCCCUGACCAUGCGCUGGAAUCGCCUUGCUCAAACGAAGAUGAUCUCUUGGAUCCCGGCGGUGCUGCUAGUCUUCUUCAGCUAGCAUGUAAGCUUGAUUCAGUCAAAUGUGCCCAGCUUCUUAUUGAAGGACAAACUGGAAUGGCCGUCAACAUCAAUGAAAUGGAUGGCUUUGGGCGUUCCCCACUCCAUACUGCUGCAGAGAUGCUCUCAUCAAAGUGUAUUGAUCUUCUACUUCGAAAUCGUGCUCGUACUGAUCUAAGAUCAAAUGAUGGGGAUGCACUUCUUGCCCUUGAGAUCUCACUGGCCAGUCAGAGGUCGCAUGUUAAUUGGUCUCUCGAUGAAUCAGUUGAAGAACUCCUGGCUUCUCUCAAAGAAAUGGAUUUGACUGCUAUUACGUUGUUGGCUGAGGCAACUAAAGAUCUCACUGAGCUGUCCUACAUGAUAGCUGUUGAAGGUCGAGUGGUAGAGCUUGCGACUCUCCUACUAGCUUCAGAUGAACUUACGGGAACAACAACCAUGUAUGAGCUUGUCCUGGAAGAGUCCCUGAAUCUACUGGAAAUGGCAAAAGGGGAGCAUUGGAGUUCUACUCACGGGAUAUAUGAGAAGCGGCAAGCACUACUCUGUCAGAUUGAGCUGCUUCAUUUGUUUGGAGUUGCUUCCGUGAUUAGUUGGGGGAACAAGAAAGAUCUUGCAGUUCUGCUUCGGGCAGCUCAGGCUGGAGAUGAUAUGUUAGUGGAAGUACUUAUCAGGAAAAAUUUGGAUGCUAAUGACACUAAUGAAGAUGGCAACUCAUCCCUCCAUUGUUAUCUAAAGGGGGGUGCCAGUUCCCAAGACUCUAGAAUCCUCAGCUGCUUGCUCAAGUGCGGUGCCAGAGUAAAUCAGCACAAUAAAUUUGGGCUUACUCCAAUACAUUUGGCUUCACUCAAGGGCAAUUAUGAAUCUCUUCAGAUACUGCUACUUCAUGCUCCAGAAUGUGUGGAUAUCCUUUCUGUGACAAAUGAGACACCACUGUUUUUUGCAGUGAAAAGUAAUUCUGCAAAUUGUGUAAAGCUACUUCUGCAGUUAGGUGCAAAUAGGGAUGCCCUUAACCUCCGAAAACAGAGACCAGUAGACCUGGCACUAUCUGAAGACAUGCGUGUCAUUCUUAGAACUGUUUAUCCAAAAAACUUGGGCGGAACUCAUCCCUCUCAGGAAGAUGAUGCCAGCUUCCUUUCUGAUGAAGAGCAUAGUGAAGGCAUGUUCCAUGGAUUUCUGGAGCUGAAGGCUGAUCUUGCAAAACUGUCCAACAAAAUUGAUUCUAAGGAAGUGGAUACCAAAAUUGGAAUUUGCCGCUACUUCAAGUCUCCAAAUGGAUGUGGAAGAGGUAGCAAAUGUUAUUAUUCCCAUGGAGAGGAAGCACAGAGACUAGAAAAGAGUAGGUUGGUGGAACACAAUCCUCGUCUUCUCACGUGUAUUAAGAAGCCAACGAGUCUCAAAGAUGAACUGCAGCGAAAAAUCUUUAUUGGGGGACUUCCUCCUUCAGUCGAUUCAGAUGAUCUAAAGAAGUUCUUUGAGGAGGAGUUUGGACCAGUGGAUGAUGCGGUAGUCAUUGGCACCAAAGUGGGUAGUCGUGUGCUAUCAAAAGGUUUUGGCUUCCUCACCUUCAAGCAAGAAGAUACCAUGAAAAGUGCUGUUAAGGCUCAUUUUAUUACUCUUUCUGGUAAGACAAUUGAGAUCAAAAGCGCUCUCCCGAAAUGUCAAAUGGAGAAUUCCAGUUCUCUUUCUGAUCAGGAACUCUUCAAAGAAGAUCCGGAUGAGGCCAAUGGUAGGAUGGCUUCCUGUGGUGACUCCAAUGAUCAGCAAGUAAUUAAGAUUGGUGAACUACCUCCAUGGUUGGUUAGGUUCAAGGAAUGGUUUCCAGUCUACCUGAACAAGACGUGCAGAAGGCUUGGUGAAGGAGAGUGGUAUCCUCUUUCAUCUCUAAAAGGAGAUUUCAGGGCCACAUGUGGAAUGGAACUUGAUCACGAGUCCAUCGGCUUCUUGAAGCUCAGUGACUUCCUUCGCUCCCUCCCUGGGAUAUGUAAGAUGCACGUGAUUUCAACUGGAAAUGGUUCCCCUACUCACAUGGUUCUCCGACCUUUCUAUUCCUCGUCUUCUAACCAGACACAGCAGUCAAAGCUUGCAUCAUGCGUAGUUCCUCAUUUCUCAUCAUCCAAAUUUCCUUCACCGAUCUCCGAGAUUUCUGACAGCCCUGUUUUCUCAGAUGAAAGUAUACUUCAUGAGAAUGUGUGUGUUUUAAAUGCUGCUUCUUUGCAAAGGUCUCCAAAUCACGGGCGAUGGGAACACAAGCCUUGGUUGGUUACUAAUCCGCAAAGGCUAGGUAAUAGAUUCUCUGAAUAUAACCAAUGGAGAAGUGCUGGAUUAUUUGAGCAACCCAGUUCCCUGAAAGAAAUAGCAGCUGGGGACAGUACUCAGCAACCUUUUUCCUUCUUUGUUCAUCAAUGGGAUAGUGGUCUGAUAGCUCGUGGCAACUGCAUUAUAUGCAAAAAUGCACCAGGCAUUUUUAUCGCCAGUCCCUACCUUCAUAAGGUAUGCCAUUCAUGUAAGAAGGAUUUCUUUAGUUCGUUUACAAGUUGCAGCUACUAUGGCGGAAUUCAGCUGCGGAAACCUACUAUAUUCUAUGAGGAAUUCCCGUCUCUGUUAGAAGCGGCAUAUCGAGCCACUGCCGUCCAUCAUCUUCCAACUUACACGCAAACCAAGCUGAGCAUGAAAACCUGAGGAACUAAAACUGUCGUGACUGGUAUGUUUUGAACUCUAGUUAGCCAGUUUGAUGUCGCAGAGAGAUCAAACGUUAGCAUAUGGAGGAAAUACAUUUCAUUUCCUCCAAUUUUGGGAUGCUUCGUGGAUCGCCCUGUGAAGUUUUGGCCUGUAUAGUUAUCUAGCUCUCUUUUGAUUGAUAUCUUCCUCAAGUAAGCACAUGGAGGAGAAUAUAUCCUCCAAAUUUUUUAAAUGCUUACUUGAGCUCAUAAUAAUUAGGAUGUGCAAAGCACUCCAAGUUAGCUUCUGGUGUAAAAAAAAAAACUUGGCAAAUAAAAUGUGGUGUGCAAAAUCUUCUUUUGAUCAUAAUUGAAGUCAAAAGUUUAUGUUUCCCUUCUCUGUGUGAAAAUGUAAGCAAGAUAGCUCUUGGCAUUAUGGCAUAUAAUUUAGAACAUUGUUAACAGUAGCAUUAAUUUCAUACUGAGAAUUGACUUGGCAGUGGGCCUUUUUU